AUGCCUCUAAUCGAUAUUACUAACCCGGAUGUAAUAAAAUUUCUUGUUGAAAGUUAUGAUAAAACAGCACGACUUCGUAUGAAAUGGAACGAUUUGUAUGGAGAAAAUUUGAAAGUAGCAGCUACCUUACAGCGUGAAGAAAAAGGAUAUUUUGAAUCAGAUGUAUUGAAAGAAGCGAUGGCAGCUGGAAUGCCUACAAUAACAAGAGAUUUUAUAUCUGGUUCACGAAACAGAAGAAAAGCACCCAUUCGCGAUGGUAUUCACAUACCAACAACAGCUAAUUUGAAAAAGGGACAUUCCGCCAUUGAUAUUGGAGUAGGUGACCCUAAGGACGACCCCAGACUAGCCCGACCUGACACAGACCUAAGUAUAGAUCCUGUGAUGCGGCCCAUAGACCCUAACCAAGAGAAUAUAAUUUACAAAGGCAUCCCAUACUUUGGACGGAAGGUGUAUUUAAAAUCGAGAAAUAAAAUGUCACCGGAAGAUAAAUUCUAUUACACACAGUCUACUGCACAGAAACAUGGCUGGAGAUUAAAAGACAGCUUCUUUGGAACAAAUACGCCACAGUAUGCACGUGUGUGCCGUCUUACUCGCGAUGUUAUGGGCCGCAGUGGGCCUCAUCCUGAUCCACGUCACUACAAGAGCGCCGAUGUUCCCCUCACAGAAAAGUGUGAAUGA